CUGUUUUUGAUAAACCGCCACCAUUAGAUUUAGACGACAAUAAUUAUAUCAAACAAAACCAACGAACGGCAGCCCCCUUCCCCUGCAUCCCCAUGGCAACCGGCGCCGCCUCCCAGCAACAACUGCCACCAUACAGAGGUUACCGCCACCUCAAAACCCUAGCCGCUCACGAACGUGCCGUCUCUUGUGUCAAAUUUUCAAAUGAUGGGACUCUUCUAGCUUCCGCAUCACUCGACAAAACCCUAAUCAUCUGGUCGGCUUCCAAUUUUUCACUCGUCCACCGCCUGGCUGGCCAUUCCGACGGCAUUUCGGACCUAGCCUGGUCGUCGGAUUCUCAUUAUAUCUGCUCCGCCUCCGACGACUGUACUCUCCGCAUCUGGGACGCCCGCUCCCCCUUCGAGUGUCUCAAGGUCCUAAGAGGCCAUUCCGAUUUCGUCUUCUGCGUCAACUUUAAUCCGCAGUCGAAUCUCAUAGUUUCGGGUUCUUUUGAUGAAACUAUUCGCAUUUGGGAGGUGAAGACUGGGAGGUGCCUGAGGACGAUCAAAGCUCACGACAUGCCGGUCACAUCGGUGUAUUUCAACAGGGACGGAUCCCUGAUCGUGUCUGGGAGUCACGAUGGGACUUGCAAGAUAUGGGACGCUAAUGAAGGAGCGUGCUUGAAGACCUUAAUUAAUGAUAAAGAUCCUGCGGUAUCCUUUGUUAAGUUCUCGCCCAAUGGAAAAUUCAUACUUGUUGCCACUCUGGAUAGCACUAUUAAGCUGUGGAAUUAUGCUACUGGGAAGUUCUUGAAAAUGUAUCAAGGUCACACAAACAAAGUAUACUGUAUAACAUCUACAUUCUCCGUUACCAAUGGGAAAUACAUUGUAAGUGGAUCGGAGGACAAGUGUGUGUACAUAUGGGAUCUCCAGCAAAAAACCUUGAUGCAGAGACUCGAAGGUCAUACUGACACGGUUAUUUCUGUAACAUGCCAUCCUUUGGAGAACAAAAUUGCUUCUGCAGGUCUUGACGGUGAUAGAACUAUUAGGAUUUGGGCUCAGUGAACAGAUGACAAUCUGAGAACUUAUUAGCAGUCAUAAGAAAGUUUGUAAUCACUCUUUUCUUUUUGUCUCCCCAAGUCAAACAUGUAAAUGCUAAACCCCCAUCAUUUGUGAGAGAUCUGAUAUCGUGUUUACUCAGUUGUUUCAGAUUGUUCUCUGGAUUAAAAACGUCUGGGAAAGGGAAGGCUAUCUGUCUGUAUAACACAUUAUAAAAUGUACUCAACAGUAAAACACUUGUUUUGAU